AACUCCGAAAUCUACAAAGCGCUGUCACAUCUGACGAGGUGAUACUGGAAAGUGAUGCUCCUGAUGAAGAAACUCUCUUUACCCUUGGGGAAAAGAUUGCCAUUGCUAUUACAAGUCCACUAUGGGUCCCUGUUGGUAUCGUUGCCUUUGUAAUCGUUUCCCCAGUAGUCGGCAUAAUGGCCAUUAAGAGCAAGUUGGAGGAUAAAAGCAAAAUCAAGAAGUACGAAAAAGACAAGCGUGCUUUUAUGGCUGAAGCGUCUGCAGACUACUUGGACGAGGUGAUAAAAGAAUCCACCCUCGAGUCCUUCGUGAAACACCAAUUGAAUGAUGCCAAACUUUGCCUGAAACAGAUUGAGGCGCGCAUUCCAGAGCUGGUUCAAGCUGACAUUGUGGCCUGCAAACAGCUCAAGGAUGAAACACGUUCAAAGAAGGAAAUAAUAGAACUCUACCAGCCUCUACUGGAUGAGGCUGUUGAGAUUAGAGGUCGUCUUGCCAUUUUUGGGCUCAGCGAGGUCCGCGCCGUUGACGUCAGCAGUAGGGACUUGGAGUGGAAAGAGGACGAUCUUCUUGGCCGCGGAGCAUUUGCCUCUGUUUACCGAGGAAAGAUGAAGACCGAAAACGGAGAGGAGCGAACUGUGGCAUUGAAAGCUUUCCAUGAAUUCCUUCAUCCCGGAAAUGCAAGUGUUAUCCUGAAUGAAAUUGAUCUUCUAACAAAAUUACAGCAUCCCAACAUUGUCAUGUUUUAUGGCAUGUCGUUGCUUGACAUCAAAGGCAAAUUGAAGGUGAUAAUGGUCUUGGAGCACUGCAAAGGAAACUUAAAGAGUCAUGUCUUCAGAAAUCUCAGCUUGGCUCCCGCAAAUUCCAAAAAUUCCGCUACCAUAAGAGAAGCAUGUCGGUGGGUGAAGGAUAUUUCCGCUGCUCUCGCCUUUAUUCAUCAACAAGGAGUUGUUCACAGGGACCUUAAGUUGGAGAAUGUAUUGCUAUCAGAAACGAAUUCAGCGAAGAUUACUGAUGUCGGCGUUUCUAAAGGAGCACAUGACAUCACAGGUACUCUAGCGGGAACCCCAGUCUACAUGGCACCAGAAGUGUUUCAUUCUCAGGUGUACGACAGUAAAGCAGACAUAUACAGCCUGGGGUUACUUAUGUGGGAAAUAUGGUAUAGGCGGCAGGUCUUCUGCGAGGUUGAAGUCAGGCCACCAACCAUAGACGCCUUCUUCGCCUGGGUGGAUAAAGGCAAUCGUCCACAACACUUGGAAACAUGCUAUAAACCCCUAAGCCGCUGGCAAGACAUGAUGAAAAUUUGUUGGGAAACAGACCCAAAUAAACGCCCCACUUCUGUGUGGUGCAACGAAGAGGCCAAACAUCUAUGUGAAAUGUCCGUCAAAGCACUGUAA